AUGGGGCUGUGUUCCUGUCUUACCAAAUGCGUUAGCGAGGUGAUCUUGAUUGUGAUCAACUGUAUCCUUGCAUUGGGCGGAGCGCUAGUGUUAUAUGUGGGGAUAUACUUACGGCACACUGGUUGGGUGGAAGUGAUCCAAGGUUAUUGGUCUCCGAUUGACGGAAUUGUGACCGCACUGAUCGUCAUCGGUGCUAUCAUCAUUGGGUUGGCAUUGUGGGGAUCAAUCGCGGCAUUAUGUCGUUGGCGCUUAGGACUGUGCAUCUACGCGAGUGUGAUGCUUCUCUUCUUCAUUUUGUUCGUGAUAGUAGCGGUAGCAGCCUUCCUGCUACACCAUCGCGCCAAUGACUGGGAAGACUCGACGUAUCCAGCCAACAGCGACGAGGAAUCAGUGAAAAAAGACUUCGAUCAAGUGUACUGCUACGCGCAAGGCGAGUUUAUCUGCAACCAGGCUUCGGUCUCAGACGCACUCACGAUGUUCGCCCCCUCACUCGACUCGUCCAUUACAUCGCUCUUCGAGAACAUGACCGGGGGUGUCAACACGCUAUGUGAUGACUAUUUGGACAGCUACGAUGUGCUCUCGAGCGUGUGUGAUGGCUGCGAAAAAGCGAAGCAAUUCGAGGAUUUCUCGUCUGUGCUCGACUGGGCAAAUGACAAGUGCCCUAGAACUGCCGAUACCUUAAUCUGGUGCGGGGUUUUCCUUGCCACCGGGGACACCAACAGCUCGUCCGGGACGGCUCCGUAUUCCGAAUGCCGCACGGAGUUCUUGAACCUUGUGGAGAAGUAUGCGCUUUGGCUCGGCAUCGGAAGCAUUAUUGUGUGCGCUGGGGCGCUCAUGCUGAUCACUUUCGCUUGCAUCUUGCGGCACCGCGAUCGACGCCCCACUACACCACAAACGCAUUCGGCAUACGGACGUUUCUAG